GGCCUAGGUAGCUGCCGACGCCAUGCGGCCGUUACGCUGGCAGGUGGCUGUGGUGGCGGCUGCUGGCCUCGCGCUGGCCUUGGAGACGCUGCCCGCCGUGUUCCGCUGGCUGUGGGUCAGGCGGCGGCGGCCGCGGCGCGAGGUGCUGUUUUUCCCAUCGCAAGUGACCUGCACAGAAGCCCUGCUGCGGUCCCCGGGUGACGCACCCUCGGGCUGCCCGUGUAGCCUGCCCCACGGCGAGAGCUCACUGAGCCGGCUGCUGAGCGCCCUGCUGGCCGCCCGCGCCAGUCUGGAGCUCUGCCUGUUCGCCUUCUCCAGCCCGCAGCUGGGCCGCGCCGUGCAGCUGCUGCACCAGCGCGGGGUGCGUGUCCGCGUGGUCACCGACUGCGACUACAUGGCCCUCAACGGCUCGCAGAUUGGCCUGCUCCGCAAGGCAGGGAUCCAGGUCCGGCACGACCAAGACCUGGGCUACAUGCACCACAAGUUCGCCAUCGUGGACAGGAAGGUGCUGAUCACUGGCUCCCUCAACUGGACCACGCAGGCCAUUCAGAACAACAGGGAGAACGUGCUCAUCAUGGAGGACGAGGAGUACGUGCGGCUCUUCCUGGAAGAGUUCGAGCGCAUCUGGGAGGAGUUCAACCCCACCCGGUUCACCUUCUUCCCUCAGAAGGAGAGGGCUCGCUGAGGCAGGCUCCAGGCCAGCGGCCCCCAAGCUGGAGUCCUGCUGAGCUCCAUGCGAGGAAGGGUGGUUCUCUUGCAUUAAGUAGUGACGUUCCUUAGAGCGCGGGCUUAGCAAGGACAGAGACUGUCCUGCAGUGGAAGGGAGAUGCUUCGGACUGGGUGCCUCCAUCAGGAUUGGAGAGGCUGCAGAUCCAAGUCCCUUUCCUGAUUCUGAGGCCUCCAGAGUCCCCCAACACUCCCUUGCCCCCCUCCCCACACUCCCUUGCCCUCCCCUGCAUCCAGCCUUCAGAACCUGGAUGGCUAGUGUCCAGAAGCUGCUCCUGUUUGCACAUGUUGGAUUGUAAUUUUUGAUGUUCUUACAUUCCGGGGAAUUUGGUUGUCUGUGGAGACUUGACCUUCACCAUGACACCUGAGGCCGUGCUCAGUAUCCCUGAGGCACGGUGGGUCCUAGGGGUGGCCUCACUGGGCUGUCCUGAUUUCUGGCAUGGAUGUGACAUCUUUGAAGUGUCGUUCCCCCCACCCCCCACCAAGGUAAUGUGUUUCUCUCGAUUUAAAGUUACCUUUGACUUAGGAUGUUGGACAGGUAAACCCAGACAGAACUCAGCUGAAGUUGUAAAGUGUGGUUCUUGGGUUGGAAGUCAUGUGGCUUCACAGUGACAGUGCUCCUCCCGUGAGCUGGGUCCCCCCUGAAUAAACUUGCUCCUGUUCCUGUC